GUUGCGGCUUGCAUCACACAGAGGGGGGCUGACUUCAGAAGCCUGCCGCAAUCUUCAGACCCAGGCCCAGCAGUCCACUUGCAAACUGGGUUUCCUCUUUAUAAAGGAGUCCAGAACAUUCAGAGAAAGAAGAAUCCGAUUUUUCAAGAGAGGGUACCUGUGGACUAUCUGACACCUGAGGCUAGGAAAAGAAAGAAAACAGAUCAAUGACUGCUGCUGGAUCCACACCCAGACUGCAAGCUCUCUGGGUCCCCAUGCUCCCUGUAUUCCCGGCUGCCUGCUCCAGCUGCUGACAGGGCUGCCACCUUCUACAUCUCCAGUGUCAGGAAGAGGAAAGAAGUCUCAAAGCUUCCGAACCACUGCCUCUUGGAGGGAGCUAUUUGACCCAGGAAUAACGAUGGCUGCCGCCCCUGAAAGCUUCUGCAUCAACUUCAAGGAAAUGAUAUUUAUUGACAACACACUUUACUUUAUGCCCGAAGAUGAUGGAGACCUGGAAUCAGACCACUUUGGCAGGGAUUGCUCUACAACUGCAGUAAUACGAAAUUUGGAUGACCAAGUUCUCUUCAUUGACAGAAUCAAGCAACAACAUGUGUUUGAGGAUAUGACUGAUGCUGACCUACUGGCUAAUGAGCCCCAGACCAGACUGAUAAUAUUUAUGUAUAAAGAUGAUAAAGUAAGAGGACUGCCUGUAACCCUCUCUGUGAAGGAUACAAAAAUGUUUACCCUCUCCUGUAAGGACAAAAUCAUUUCCUUUAAGGAAAUGGAUCCACCUAAAAAUAUCAAUGCUACAGAAAGUGAUCUCAUAUUCUUUCAGAGAGGUGUUCCAGGACAUGAUAAGAUGCAAUUUGAAUCUUCACUGUAUAAAGGAUACUUUCUAGCUUGUAAAAAGGAUGGUGAUUUGUUCAAACUCAUUUUGAAAAAAAAGAUUGAAAAUGGGGAUAAUUCUGUAAUGUUCACUCUUACUAGCUUACGUCGAACUUAGGUAUUAAGUGUUUUUGUAUUCCAGAAAGAUGAUUGGAAUACAUGAGCCUUAGAAUAAUCCAUUAUGUGUUGCUGUAACAAAAUAUCUGAGGCUGCAUAAUUUAUAAAGUAAGUAGGUUCACUUGUCUCAUGUGUCUAGCCCAAUUCCUACUUCCUGGUGAAUGGCCCUGACUGCAUUACAACAUGGAAGAUAAAGGGGAAGGGAUUAACUGCGCUUGAAUUAGUACAUGGAUGAGCUUCACUUCAUUUAUCCUUUCCAAUGCCAGAGCCCUAGUAAUCCAUUCCAGUACCUCACCUCCUCAAGACGGUUAUACUGGGGACCAAGUUUCCAGCACACGUAUCACAGCAAAUCUGCUCUUGUGAGGGUAAAAUAAAUAUCAAUAAUGGCCUCAA